AUGCUUCCUGCCUUGAACACUCCAGACUAUUUGGGUUACGCCAAGGCCGCUGUUGAAGAGGGUAUCAAAAUAAUUGAGACGGCGGGAAACCCCGAGCCCAUCCUCAAGUACCUCAAAAGCAACGGAGUUACUGUCAUUCACAAAUGCGUGUCGCUUGGCCACGCCUUGAAGGCGCAGGCUAAAGGCGUGGAUUGCAUAUCCAUUGAUGGUAUCGAAUGGGGCAUAUGCAGCGCUGGCCACGGAGGCGAAUAUGACACCACCUCAAUGAUCCUUCUAGGACGAUGCGCCCAGGAGCUGAAGAUUCCAUUUCUCGCGUCUGGUGGUUUCGCCGAUGGCAAGGGACUAGCAAUGGCCCUUAUCCUCGGAGCUCAAGGUAUCAACAUGGGCACCCGCUGGAUGUGCACUGUCGAGGCGCCAAUCCACCAAAACGUCAAAGAGGCAAUCGUCAAGAUGGAUGAGAACGGCACUAUCCUCGUCCUUCGCAAGUUCCGGAACACAACGCGCUUGGCCAAAAAUGAGGUCACAUUGGAGGUUCACAAAAUCGAAAACAGCAAGCUGGAGCCUCAAUUCCAGGAAGUGGCCCACCUCAUGUCCGGUGCCCGAGGGAAGGGCGUAUAUGAAACCGGAGACAUUAACGCGGGUGUCUGGUCCGUUGGUCUUGCGGCCGGGUUGAUCAAGUCUAUUCCCACGUGUGAAGAGCUCGCACGAACCAUCGAGCGUGAGGCGGCUGAGGCUCUCUCCAAGGCCAAUAGUCUGUAUACAAACCGCGCUAGCCUUUGA